GUCUGCAUGGUACAGCGGGAAGUAAAUAAGUUGUUGUGGUGAAGAUAGAUUAUACUGCUGUCAUAAAUACAUGCAAAAUUCGUUUUCUAAAUUAAUUUCACUUAUUGUAGAAAAUGGCCGUUAACGUAAAAGCAGUCGAGUCGGUUUUGUUCAAAAGACAUUGCUGAGAUCCUCACUGAAGAGUGUGGUGACAUGCUGAGGUGCUGUCGGAUCAUUCAUAUUGUAUCAAGUCACACAUUUAUUCCAGCUCUCAAAAACAAAGGGUGGCCGGAUCCUAAAUUAAAGUUCCGUGGAUUUUGCAUGUCCAGCAAGAUGACUGAGGAUUCAUCAGACGCCCAAAUCAAAGCGUUGAAAAGACCAGCAGAUGAUACGCACGCUGAAACUGAGUAUGAAGACAAGAAGCUUAAAACAGACCAGGAUGAAAGGAAAUACCCCAAGAAAAAGGUGGCCCUGCUGAUGGCUUAUUCAGGCAAAGGGUAUUAUGGAAUGCAGAGAAAUGCAAAGAACUCUCAGUUCAGAACCAUUGAGGAUGAACUGGUCACUGCUCUUGUGAGAGCCGGAUGUAUUCCAGAGGGCCAUGGAGAUGACAUGAAGAAGAUGUCUUUCCAGCGGUGUGCACGAACAGAUAAGAUUUUUAAUAGUGUUAGUUAACAACACUGAUGGAAAUCUGUACAUCAUGUACAUGUACAUAAUUUAAAUGUUUUCAAACUUGCAGGUUACAAGAGGGUCACAGGUGGCUUCAAUUCCAAAAACAACUGUGACGCCAGAACGUAUUCCUACAUGCUUCCCACGGUGUCUUUCUUCCCAAAGGACUAUAACCAGGAGGACACGUCAUUCCGUCUGAGUUCAGAGACCCUUCAGAAGGUCAACCGCUUAUUUGGCCUGUAUAAAGGCACCCACAACUUCCACAACUUCACAUCCCAAAAAGGUCCUCGGGACCCCAGCGCCAAGCGCUAUAUCACCCACAUGUCCUGUGGAGAGCCGUUUGUGAGACAGGAAGCUGAGUUUGCCGUCAUCACAGUAAGAGGCCAGAGCUUCAUGAUGCACCAGAUCCGGAAGAUGAUCGGUCUUGUGAUCGCUGUGGUCAAAGGAUAUGUGGAUGAAAGAGUGAUCGAGAGGAGCUGGGGAGAGGACAAAGUUGACGUUCCCAAGGCUCCUGGGCUCGGGUUAGUGCUGGAGAGGGUGCACUUUGACCGAUACAACAAACGCUUCGGAGGAGAUGGCAUCCAUGAGACUCUGGAAUGGACUGAGGAAGAAGAAGCCAUUGCUGCUUUUAAGGACAAGCACAUUUAUCCCAGUAUUGUGGAGACUGAGCUCCAUGAGAAGUCCAUGGUAAACUGGAUGGCUACUCUAUAUAUCCAUGAUUUUGAAGCAACGGCCACAGGAAACCAAGAGCGCAAAGAUGAUGAUGAAGAUGGAAACGUAUCUGACUGAAUCACUCAGAAGCAGUCUUGUUUUUUUCUUUUCUUUUUUCUUUUUUGGUUUUAUCUUUUAUUUUGGUUUUUACUUGUGCUAACAUUAAUUUCCAAAGAUUCCACUGUAAUUAAAAUUCUGAAAUA